AUGUCGGAACAAAUUGGCCCACAAAUCCCUGCUCAUUUGCUUUCAAAAUUCCAACCAAAGGAUAGCGACGAAGAAGAUAGUGAUGAUGCAGGACCUCAUUCAUAUCCCGAUUCCCAGUUAGACUUCAAUGAAAAAACAGAGAGUGCACAAUUUGAUCCAUCAUCACCUCAGGUAUCUUCAAAUUUAGAGAAAGGUGGAAAUUGGGAUGAUGACGAGGAUGAUUUGGAUGCUUACAUGCCAGAAUUACCACCUGACAUACUUGCAGAACGGCAGAGAAAAAAAAUCGAGCAGGAAAAGAGUUUGGGUAAAAGUGGCACCGAAAAACGGAGAAUAGGGCCUGCAAUGCCACCAUCCAUUGAAUAUGAUGAAUAUCAAAUAUCCGAGGAAGAGGAUGAUGUUGUAGGGCCGGUAUUACCCAAAGACUUUAAGGAGAAGAACGAGGCGUAUGUUUUUCAAAGUGCAAUACAAGAAUUUGAGGAAAGGUCGGACAAAAUGCGUCAAAAACUUGAGUCCGGGGAAGACGGCGAAAGACGGUUGGAGCGCGGAGAAUGGAUGCUUGUUCCGCCACCAGAAGCGAGAUUUUUAGUCGAUCUAGAGAACAUUAGGAGGAUUAAGGAAUAUAAUGAAUCGUUUCGUCCGAAAACACUCUUAGAAGAACACUCUGAAAAAUAUGUAAAGUCUAAAAAAUGGAAACAGGAUAGUGUCAGCGAUAGACCAUUUGAUCGUGAAAAAGAUGUAUUAGGUGCGCGUCGCAUGGAUUCUCGUAAGAGACAAGAGAUUUUAGAUAACGCCAAGGAAUUAUCCUCAAAAUUCGGGCAUGGAAAAAGUGGAACAUUCUUGUGA